UAACCCAGCGUAGUCCAUAGCGUAGGGGAGCUGAAGUAACUGGACAAAAAAAUAAACAAAACAAUUUCCCCUGCCACCCAACGACUUUUGCAAAGUUUAACGUUCCAGCCGACAGAAAGAUGUAUCCUUUAAGUUCUCAGAAAAAGUAUUGGACAUUCUCUAAUCUGGAUCAGUUAAAUGACUUGCGAUUGAAACGGAACCAAAAAUUCAUUGAAACUCAUGGAGCACAAUUGAAUGAGCAACAGCGCCAGGAAUUAUUUCUCGAUGCAACAGAGGAACAUUUACUGCUUAAACAAUAUGAAAUUUAUUUAAAUGAUUUUUGCCGAAGGUUUGAGCCGGCCAUGCCUAAAUGUGUGGUGGGAACUGUCAUUCAUUACUUCAAAAGAUUCUUUUUACACAAUUCUGCCAUGGAUUACCAUCCCAAGGAAUUAUUGGCCACUUGUGUUUAUUUGGCUUGUAAAGUUGAGGAAUUCAAUGUGUCUAUUGGUCAAUUUGUGGGCAAUAUCAAAGGAGAUCGCAACAAAGCUAUGGACAUUAUUUUAUCAAAUGAGUUGCUGCUAAUGCAACAUCUGAACUAUUAUUUAACCAUUCACAAUCCAUAUAGACCUGUAGAAGGAUUUUUAAUAGAUAUAAAGACUCGCAGUUCUAUGAUAAAUCCUGAACGUCUACGUCCUCACAUAGACAGCUUCAUCGAGAAGACGUUCUUCACAGAUGCCUGCCUUUUGUAUGCACCCUCGCAGAUAGCAUUGGCGGCCAUAUUACACGCUGCCGGUAGAGAACAAGAAAAUCUUGAUAGUUAUGUUACAGACAAUUUACUGAAUGGUGCCAGAGAAAAGUUACCGGCUCUGAUAGAAGCUAUAAGAAAAAUCCGUAUAAUGGUCAAGCAGUAUGAGCUACCUCUUAGGGAUAGAGUUAAAUUAAUCGAAAAGAAAUUGGAAAAAUGCCGAAAUCAAGAAAACAAUCCAGAUAGUGAAAUUUACAAAGAGCGAAUGCGUAAAAUGUAUUGCGAUGAUGAACUGGAAGUAGCUGAAGACACAUCCUAUUAUUUAGCAGAUUCCAGUGCGGACAUGUCUGCUUUGAAUAUGAGCCAAUAGUUGUGGAGAAUGUGUUUGCCUAGUUUUGUUUUUUUUUUACAUCCAAUUUUUAUGAAGGCAAUAAAUAUGUUGACAAACAAAAAUGUA